CACAUUCGUCUGUGAUUUAUGUCAUAAAGUUGUAAUUAUUUAGAUCGCAUUUCGUUACAAUUGCGUUGUUUUAACGCCACUUACAUUUAUAUGUAGAUCACUUAAUUUGUUUCCUUGGACCAUCGUCGAAGGUUGUUUAAUAUUGGGUAAUCGCUAAUUACAAUUAAUACAUUAUGAAUCGUUUGAAGUAAAUGUCCCGGCGUCAACAAACAAGUGUUAAGUUGUGAGAAGUUCAAAUUGUUUGUAUGAGCACGCUCUAUGUACAUGUAGUGAUCGGAUGAUAAAUAAUUUUAUAAAUCGCAAAACGUUUCAAAUGUAAUUGUAAAUGUUUGAAGCCAAGUCCUAUCCAUACAUAAUAUACUUGCCAAGGAGGCAAGUAUAUUAUAAUGUAUAACUUACGCAAUGUAACAACUGAAAUUGCUUAUUCAUAGUGGAACAUGCCAAUAGUCAACAAUGAACCAAACAUAAACCGAAUGAAUCUUAAGAUGUCUGAAGAUUUUUAUCAUGCAACAGAUGUAAAAUUGUCUGAAUCUAUAAAUUAUUUCGAACCCACAAUUCAGCCUUUGGAUUAUAGUAAUGAUGACAGGAAAUUUUGUAUUCCCAUGUAUGCAACGUGUUCCGAAAGUAUUGAAGUGACCUCAUCAGAUCUAAAAACUCAAACAAGUGAGUGUGAAAUUCAGGCUUUAAAAGAAUGGUUGCUUCUGCACAGUGAUUUGAUACAGCAACAAAACGAUGAUAUACUUGAUAAGGAACGUCAAAUAUUCUUUUUGAAGCGACAAAAUGAAAUACUUCGGGAACAAUUAAAGUGUGUGGAAAAGGGUAUUCCAUAUGAUCCUGAAAAGUUUUUCACUGGUAAGUGUAAGGAUACCGAAGGCAUUUUUGAAGAAGAUAUGACAGAAGAUUCUUCUAAUCCAUACGUUGACAAUAAAGAGCAAGUUUUGCAGCAAAGAGAUGAUGUGGUCAGUUGUUCAUUAGAAGUGAUUAACUAUGGAUCAAAUCAUAUCAGUGACACUGAAUCUCAGGUUGAUACAACUAUAGAUGAAGAAAGCUUUAAUGUUGUUGAUUGUUUGAAACAAGGAGAUUACAUGGUGAAUGAAUUUAAUGACAAUUUUAAAGAAGAAAGUGAUAAUAUUGAAUGUAAUAUUUCAUCGGAGUGUAGUUUUAAUCUUGACACUUUGUGUGAGUUUGAUCCAUUUAAAAAUGUGAGAAUGAGUAUUAGGCGGAAACGUGUGACCAGUAAUUCUUCUGUGUUAUCAAAUAUUGAAGCAACAGCUAUGAAAGGCAAAGAAAAUUUAAAACGUAAAAAAAGGUGUUUGUCAAAAGGAUGUCGUAUUUUAACUACCAAGGAGCCAUAUGCGACAAAUGCCUGCAAUGAACAUAACCUUAUGGACUCUGAAUUUAAUGAAGUGUCCAGUAUUACCACAUUAGAGGUGCCAAGAUGGAGAGUUAAAUUGUAUACAAGCUGUUACACAAUGGAAGGCACGGAGAACUUGGAUGAUGAAGUAUAUAAUAAGCGACAUUUAAGAUUGGAAAUUGACGAAAGGAGACGGAAGAGGUGGGAUGUUCAGAGAAUAAGAGAACAAAGGGUCAUAGAGAAGCUUAAGCAGAGACAUGAAAAAGGCUUGUCUGGUUCUAAGAGUGAUGACAAUCAUGAAGGUUUGUUUAGUUUAUGGCCCAGAAUGGAAGAUAUUAAAUACAUAGAAAUAACCGAAGAAUUGCCUGUAACUGCUUUCGGAUAUCCAAUCCCAAAAAUUUUUCCAAGGAAAAUGUGAAUUUAGUCAUCAAAAUACAAAAGACUUAGGUUAAGUGCAUAUAUAAUUGCUUGACACACUUAGAUUACUAGGCAUAUUUCAAAUGUUUGUGAAUACUUUUCAGUUGACUGAAUUUUGUUCACUAGAUUUGGUUUUCUUUUCAUUCUUGAUGUAUUGUAGAGAUGUGUAUGAAGAAGUGAUUGUGCUUCAUAGAAUUAACAGAUAUAUAUAUACAAUAAAUACCGACAU